AUGGCUGAGACGCAGGACACUGAGAUGGGCGUUGAUUUAGCCAGCAUUCCCAUCGACCGAAAUUAUGAGUUACCUACUGGAGCUGGCGGUGUCGCGCCGGAAAAGGCCUCAGCCAUCCUCUCUCAAUUUGACCGAAAGCGAAGACUUGCCAUGUUAGCAGUUCCCACAGACGACGGCAAAGUGAGGGCGCGCCUGAGAGAACUUGGACAGCCGAUCACGCUUUUCGGGGAGGGCCCGGCUGAGAGAAGAGAUCGUCUACGAGAGCUUCUGCUCGACCAGCAGGAUACAGCAGACCGGGACGACUCGGUGGCCGAUGUACAAAUGCGAGAGGCGGACGACACAGGUGAUCAGGAAGAGGAAUUCUACACAGAGGGACUACCAGAACUACUUGAAGCGAGGCGACAGAUCGCGCGAUAUUCAUUACCAAGAGCAAAAGCUCGCAUACAGAGGCAACGAGAGGACUCGGCAAUCCCCCUCCGCACACAUAUUAAACACCGCAAAGAGAUCAAAGAGAAGUUACAGGGGUUUGAACUAUUUGGUACACAGAUCGCAGGAGAGCGGCCGGUCAGUAUCACUCGAUUUGCGCCCAACGGAGAAAUAAUUGCGGCGGGAAACUGGGGCGGCGGGAUUAAAUUACUCGAUGUUCCCAAUCUGGACGAGAAGGUUACGUUAAGAGGCCAUACCGGCAUUGUUGGCGGUAUUGCUUGGUAUCCGGGAGCGACGUUGCCGGACUCAAACGUCUCUUCCGACUCAGUCAAUCUAGCAAGUGGAGCUGGCGGACAAGGCGGUGCGAGCGAUAUCCAUCUCUGGUCUUUGAACAAAGAAACGCCAUUAGCGACUCUCCAGGGACACACAGACCGUGUCUGCCGAGUCGAGUUCCAUCCUUCGGGGAAAUACCUAGCAUCCGCCUCCUUUGACACCACCUGGCGAUUAUGGGACGUCGAAACAACGACGGAGCUGCUCCUCCAGGAAGGGCAUUCACGACAAGUGUUUGCAGUCGCCUUUAACACAGACGGAUCUCUCCUGGCAAGCGGAGGAUUCGAUAGUAUCGGCCGAAUAUGGGAUCUCCGCACGGGUCGUACCGUCAUGAUCUUAGAAGGACACAUUCGCGAAAUCUUCAGCCUGGAUUGGGGCAUCGAUGACUAUCGCGUCCUCUCGGGGUCCGGAGACGGAUGGGUCAAAUGCUGGGAUCUUCGACAAGUUCGCAGUGUGGGUGGAAUCGGCGCGCACAAUGGAAACGUGUCGGACCUGAAAUGGUUUAAAGGCCUGGAUGGCAACAGAUCGUCCCUCGUGGAGAGCAACAGCGUAAGGCAAGAACACAGCCCUCGGAAAGCAGGCACCUUCUUUGUGACCAGCGGGUUCGACAAGAAUGUCAACAUUUAUUCGGCGGACGACUGGUCGUUCGUCAAGCAACUGAGCGGCCACUCAGGCAACGUGCUUAGUGUCGACGUUACGGACGACGCCAAGUGGAUCGCCAGCAGUGGGCAUGACAGAACGGUCAAGCUUUGGGGCCGUGACGACGGACAAGGCAUAUGA